UUCCUUCAAUGCCAUCAAAUGAUGCUGUUUGGAAAAAUUUCCCAGCAGUUGUGUGGCUUAAAGAAACUCCCAUGGUCAUGUGACUGCAGAUACUUCUGGGGCUGGUUGAAUGCAGUGUUUCAUAAAGUGGAUUAUGAACGCAUCAGGGAUGUAGGACGCGAUAGGGCAGCAUCGGAGUGGCUGCUGCACUGUGGGGCCAUGGUGCGCUACCACGGCCAGGAGAGGUGGCAGAAGGACUACAACCGCCUCCCCACAGGACCUCUGGACAAGUACAAGGUUCAGGCAAUUGAUGCCACUGACUCUUGUAUCAUGAGCAUUGGAUUUGAUUACAUGGAGGGCCUACACCAUGUUGAAAAAAUAAGGCCACGCAAGUGUCAUUAUAUCAAGGAUGACUAUUUGGAGAAACUUGGUAAACUUGAAAAUUUACAAAAGAGUGUAUUGGAAAUGGAAAUAAUUUCAUGUGGGAAUGUCACAGACAAAGGCAUCAUUGCUUUAUAUCACUCAAGAAACCUGAAAUAUUUAUUGUUAAGUGAUCUUCCUGGAGUAAGAAAAAAAGAAAACCUUAUCCGAGGUUUUAAGACAGCACUGCCUUCUCUGGAACUAAAAUUAGACUUGAAGUAA